AAUUACAUGGUUGGCUUUCAGGUGCCAGCAGUUGGUGAGAAAGAAUGCCCCUUCCUGUACAAGAAUGGGACCCUGAAACUUGGCAGUGAGAGAGAACCUCUGCCUCGGCCCAAGAAGUGGCCAGUUGCCAACAUUUUAGCCCCUGGAGGACAGAACAUCCCAGAUGCUUUCAUUGUUGGCGGGGCCUUUGAGGAGGAAGAUGGAGAACUGAAUACCCCAGAGGACCGGGAAAGCAGGAUUCAGGGUGAAACUAUUAAGAAACGGAUCGUGUGGGACUUGGAAAGGCGUUGCUACCUGGAUCCUAUAGCUGUGCUAUGCUUUCGCAGGCGGAUUGCCGACUGUCGGUGUUGGCCCGUGGAAAUUACUAGAGUGCCACUGGUCACAUCCACGAAAGUCAAAGCUGGCAAAGGAGACAAGGGAGGUGGAGCAGUUGCUGGAGCAGAAGAAGAUCCCAUUUCCUUCCAUGGUGUGGCUUACGUCAACUUAGUGCCUCUGCUGUAUCCCGGGGUGAAGCGGAUCCGGGGAGCGUUCCGCGUUCUUCCUUACCACGACAGUGAAGUCUUUGAAAAGACCAAGUGCCUCUUCAGUCUUUUUCGCGAUGUGGGCCAUCAGGCAGUCCUUAAUAAAUUUGGGCCCGUCGGAAUGUACAGUCCCCACACCAAAGGCAUCAUUGGGAAAAACGUCAAAGACGACAAGCAAAGAGAAUUGAUGCUGAGGAAGUCAUCCAACAUUGUUAAAAAGGACACCUCCGAGAUCACAGUAGAAACUGCCUUAUCUGUAUGCCAGAACUUGGAAGGACAGCAAUAUGUGGAAAGUGGAAGUUUUAUUGUGUUAGAGUUUACACUGGAUAGAGCUUUGGUGCCCAAGCGUCUUCCAGAGGAACUUGCCAGCCGAGUGAAAGAGAUGAUUCCUCCACACCCUCCACUCCCUCGAAGGACUGCAGGAGCCAUGAAGGCCGUGGAAGAUUACCACACGCAGAUCACCAGCAUUGCUGCAUCUAUCCUAGAUGAGUAUCAUGAACUCUUUGGAAGGCAGGUGGUCCAAGGUCUUGUCGUUGAUACUCAGACCCUGGAAGACCAGAAAUGUCAACUCAACUAUGAGCUGAACACCUCGGGGAAAUAUUUUGCCUUUAAGGAGCAACUCAAGCACGCGGUUGUAAAAAUUGUGCGGGAGAAGUACUUGAAGACAACUGCCUUUGAAACUCUGGACCAACUCCAAACUUUCCUCAGUGAGUUGUACGUCUACCUGAUGGAUCAGAUGCACAUUGCAUUGAACCAGGUGCUGUCCCUCCAGACUCCAAGCCCUCCUCCUCCUGUAUACACCACCUUGGAGCAGCUCCAGCUCUUUGCUCGAGAGGCCCAGGUCAAUGGAGAAUAUGGUUUGGCCUCAACUUACUAUCAGGAGAGGGUGUCUCGAAACCCCCAAGAUGCCCAGAGCUGGUUGGAUUAUGGCGCUUUUUGCCUGUUGACUGAAGACAACCUCAAGGCCCAGGAAUGUUUCCGUGAGGCAGUUGGGCUGGAUGCCAAUCACCUGCCCAGUGUGCUGAUGUGUGGGAUCAUGGCUGUGAUGCUGCAGAAUUAUGAAGAGGCUGAAGUCUUUUUUGAGGACGCCACCUGUGUGGAGCCAACCAGCGUCGUGGCCUGGACCAUGUUAGGACUUUUCUAUGAUAUCCAGGAAAACUACAUUCGAGUCGAGAUGGCCUUCCAUGAGGCUACCAAGCUCCAGAAGGCCCGUCUGCCCAAAGAGAAACCAAGUCCUCCGAACGAAUCUCCAGAAUCCACGGGAAAAGUCCAAGGAGAGUCCUCGGAGCCAACCAGUUCCCUUCGUGCACCCGAAGAGGAUACCAUACAUAAACAGUUCAAGCGAUUGUCCAUUACACCCAGUAAAUUUAGGAUGAGCACUCACAGAGAAAUGCCCAAACCUGCUGCCGUUGCAUUUGAACCAGAUCUGGGCCUGUUCAUGGCCCCCCAGCAAACCACCUCUAUUUUCAUGGAAACCAUAAAAUUCCUCUUGGAUGUCAAUGCCCUUCAGUUUGUUCACAGGGCGCUGGCGCACGAGUUGGUCUUCCCUCAAGGAGGCCCCAGCUGUGAUUAUUACUUGGUGCUGGCCCAGACCUACAUGCUCAAGAAGGAAUAUGUCCAGUCAGAAGAGAGCUUGGAAAUGGCUAUGCAGAUUGAUUACCUGAAUCCAGAGGUCUGGGCUCAAAAAGGCCAUCUCUGCUACUUGACAGGGAAUUUCAGUGAAGCAAAAUCCUGCUACGAACGCACCAUUAGCUUUGUGACGGACGCGAAGGAUAUGCACACUGUGUAUCUGCGAUUGGGCUCCAUCUACCUGGAAGGCAAGGAGUAUGACAAAGCCAAGCACAUUUACCUCCUGGCAAGUAAGAAAUCACCUUCUUGUCUCACCUGGCUGGGAGUAGGAAUCGCUUGCUACAGGCUCAAAGAGAUGGCCGAGGCGGAGGAUGCCCUCUCUGAAGCCAAUGCCCUCAACAACAGCAAUGCGGAAGUCUGGGCCUACCUCGCUUUGGUCUGCAUGAAGGGCGGAAGACAACUGGAGGCUGAACAAUCCUAUAAAUACGCUGUCAAGUUGGAGUUGGACAACCUGGAUCUCCUGCAGGAGGUCAAACAAGUCCAGCUAGAGGUUGGCUUUGGUGACCCAUCGUUCUGA